AUGGUCACGGAAUUCCAGUCACUAAGCGAAUCCGCCCCUGUCUUGGAGCCCAAACCGCCACGAUCGACCUCGUGUUCCCAUCGCGAUAACCAAAUUCAACCCUGUUCGUCGACCACUGUCAUGUCGAAUCGUCGAGUAAAGUCUCUGGCACUGGAUGAGGACGACUACGAUGAUUACGAGGACUAUGAGGGCGACUAUGGAGACGACGGCGGUGACAAUGAGCUUUCUGCAGAGGACAAGGAACAAAUGCAGCAAGGCACCAACAAUGUGCGUGCAGCCUUGGGAUCAGCAUUCCCUGUUACGGACAAUGAAAUCCAAGAGGCGCUGUGGCAUUAUUACUACGAUGUUGGAAAAUCUGUGGCAUAUCUCAAAAACAAGCAGAAACCUACUCCUGUCGCUACAAAGAAGCAGAUGAAUGGCUCAAAGAAGCCGAGUCCGGACGAUGUUGUGACCAAGGCACAGACUGCAAAAGCCGCGACGUCGGCCACCUCUAAAGCCAAGGAUACAAAUCGAGCAAAAUCGGCUUUGGCUGGUGGCAUGCACGAGCUGUCCAUCCAAGAUGCUCCCAAAAUCAAGAGCAAAAACAUCGAUGUGCUCGCAGAAUACCAAAAAAAUAAACGAAAAAAUGCGGCAAACUUUGUAGUCAUCGGCCAUGUCGAUGCGGGCAAAAGCACCCUCAUGGGUAGGCUGCUUUUUGAUUUGAAGGCGGUCGACCAAAGAACCUUGGACAAGUAUCGACAAGAAGCUGAACGUAUUGGCAAAGGUUCAUUUGCCUUUGCAUGGGUCUUAGAUCAAGGCUCGGAAGAACGGGCUAGAGGCGUGACUAUUGACAUAGCCACCAACAAGUUCGAGACUGACAGGACCUGCUUUACUAUCCUGGACGCCCCUGGUCAUCGGGACUUUGUGCCGAACAUGAUUGCAGGAGCUAGCCAGGCAGAUUUUGCAGUCCUCGUCAUUGACGCUUCGACGGGAAACUUCGAGUCUGGAUUGAAGGGACAGACGAAAGAACACGCGCUCCUGGUGAGAUCCAUUGGCGUCCAGCGAAUCAUUGUGGCCGUGAACAAGAUGGAUGUUGCGGAAUGGUCCGAAAAAAGAUUCGAUGAAAUUCGCCAACAGAUGGCCGCGUUCCUGAGCAGCGCGGGUUUCCAGUCAAAGAACGUGACCUUUGUCCCUUGCUCUGGCCUCGGAGGUGAAAACAUCCUGACUAGAGCCUCGGAUUCAAGGUCGUUCUGGUACACUGGCCCAACGUUGGUGGAGGAGCUAGACAAGGCGGAGCCAUCAACCCACGCACUAGACAAACCUUUACGCAUGAUCAUCAACGACGUUUUCAGAGGUGGUGUGCAGAACCCCCUGUCCGUGUCAGGGCGGUUGGACGCGGGCACCAUCCAAGUCGGUGAACAAGUGGUCAUCAUGCCCAGCGGUGAAAAGGCCCAGAUCCGGAGCUUGGAGGUCGACGAUGAACCUCAAGAGUGGGCGGUGGCGGGACAAAACGUGGUCCUCAAUCUGACCGACAUUGACCCCAUACACCUGAAAUCAGGAGAUGUUCUCUGCAGCCCCCUAUCACCGAUCCAGAACAUCGGUGAAUUCAAAGCGAAGAUACUUGCAUUCGAUCAUCUGACCCCAAUGAAUGUUGACGUGCACAAAGGACGCUUGCAUGUGCCUGGUCGAAUCAGUCAGCUCGUCGGUGUCUUGGACAAGUCAUCAGGCACAGUAACGAAGAAGAAGCCGAAAAUCGUCCAACCGGGAAAUGUUGUGCGAGUCAUUGUGCACCUAGAUCAGGUUGUACCCUUGGAACCGCCUUCAAGGAUUGUUCUCAGAGCCAAUGGUGAAACUGUUGGGGCGGGCCUAAUCGAGUGA